AUGCAGAAUGAACCAAUGUUUCAAGUCCAAGUGGACGAAAAUGAAGAUUCAGAAUGGAACGAUAUCUUAAGAAGUAAAGGUGUUAUCCCCGAAAGACCACCAUCACCCACUGCUCAAUUAGAAGAAGCAUUAGAAGAAGCCAUUGUGAAACAAUAUGAAAAUAGAUUAGAAGAUAAAGAUUUAUCUGAUUUAGAAGAAUUGGAAGAUGAAGAAGAUGAAGAUUUCUUAGAGUUUUAUAAGAUGAAAAGACUGAAUGAAAUUAAACAAUUACAAUCAAAAUCAAAAUUUGGUACUGUUUUCCAUAUAAAUAAACCAGAGUAUAAUAAAGAAGUUACAUUAGCUAGUGGUGGUAAAGAUAAAACAAUCGAAGAAGAUCAAGAUGGAGACCUGAAGUCUGAGAAAGAAGGCACUUACGUGUUUGUUCAUCUUUCAAUAGAAAGUAAAUUACAAAGUAGAAUAUUAUCACAUAUUUUCCAACUUGCGUCUAAGAAAUUCCCUGAUAUUAAAUUCGUGGAGAUACCUGCAAAUAGAGCCAUUGAAAAUUAUCCUGAUAUAAAUUGUCCCACAUUGUUAGUAUAUUAUAAAGGUGACGUUGUUAAAAAUAUGAUCACACUAUUAGAAUUAGGUGGGAAUAAUACUACUCUUAAAGAUUUUGAAGAAUUAAUGGUUAGAGUAAAAGCUCUUGAUGAAAAGGAUUCUAGGUUAAUUAUGAAUCAAGAUGAUGAAGAAUCAAGAGAACAAAGGCAUUUGAAAUUUGACAAAAAAGAAAAGUAUAAGAUCAUCUAG